GCAUCUUUCUAACGAUGCGUCAGAAAAACAAAACCAGUCAUAUUUGUCAGAAACCCGUCUGGGCCAUGGCAAAGUGCUCUUGCUGUCUCACAGGGUUGAGCUAGUGCUCAUUAUUCCCUUGACGGACCUCAUCUGAUAUGACUGAGGAUCGGCUGGUCGGGUGCCCCUUGUGGCUGUUUCCCAGAGCUGCUUUGAAGGUUACCACCGGCAAUGGGCGGUCCUCGGAGAACUGUACCCCGCGACCUUCUCUCCACAAACUUCACGGAGUCUACCUGUGCAGUCCAGACCAUCGUACACAAAGCUGUGUUGUGAUGAGAAGUGGCUGCCAAAAUCGAGGUCGCAGUCGUUUCAAUAGGAGGCUUUGUCAUGAUGAGAACUCAUUCUGUAGCAUGGAGCGUGUUGCGCGCUCAAAAACGGGCUUUCUCGUCCACGUCGAGAAGACUCGAUAACUAUGGUUUUAUCGGCCUCGGCCAAAUGGGUUACCAAAUGGCGAAGAACCUCCAGUCGAAGCUCACACCCAGCGAUUCCAUCCGCAUAUUUGACAUCAACAAAGAUGCUGCAAGGAGAUUAGCUGAGGAUAUGCGGACAUCCCAGGCGGGUGGUGCUGCCGUAGAGUUGGUUCAAAGCAACUUUGAAGCGGCUAAAGACUCUGAUGCAGUCAUUACAUGUCUGCCGGAACCGUCCCACGUGAACAGUGUUUUCUCGGAGAUUCUGUCGCCAGAGCUUCCCCGGCGGGAGAGGAUAUAUAUCGACUGCUCAACGAUUGAUCCGUCAACUUCACGGGAGAUUGCGAGGCAGGUUUCAUCAGCCAGUCAGGGCAGCUUUGUUGAUGCCCCGAUGUCUGGCGGUGUUGUUGGUGCCACCGCGGGAACUUUGACGUUUAUGCUUGGGGCUCCUGAUGCUCUGGUUCUCAAGAUCGAGCCCGUGCUGCUGCGCAUGGGUAAGAAAGUGCUGCACUGUGGCGUCCAAGGCACGGGGUUGAGCGCGAAGCUCGCCAACAACUAUCUUCUGGCCAUCAAUAAUAUCGCAACAGCCGAAGCCAUGAACCUAGGUAUGAGGUGGGGACUAGACCCCAAGACUUUGGCAAACAUCAUCAACAUGAGUACUGGCAGGUGCUGGCCGUGUGAGGUCAACAACCCUGUGAAAGGGGUUGUCGACACAGCACCAGCCAAUCGUGACUUUGCUGGUGGGUUUGGAAUCAGCUUAAUGCAGAAGGACCUCAAACUCGCCAUCAUUGCUGCCGACGAGGCCGACGCCAAGUUAGAAUUGGGAAGCCGAGCGCAGGAAGUGUACGAAGAGGCCGCACACGCUGAGAACUGCAAAGGUCGCGACUUUUCUGUUAUUUAUAGAUUUAUUGGCGGAAAAGAAUAGAUCGAUCUUACAAUCAGCCUGUCCCAACGAUAUCAUGUUUUCAUGAAUUUACAAUCCAUGGUCUUGAUCACGUCUCUACGCAGUAU